AUGGAGAACACCGACAUGCAUACGGAAUUCGAGAGCAAGGUCACCUCUUCUAGCGACUUCGAACAGGCUACAAUCGGCGCUGAACAAACCCAACCGAACAGUCCAAACAGCCCUGCGAUCCCCCUCUCGACUAUGCCGUCAGUUGGCCCACAGAUAUCUCUUAAGGAUGUUGAAGUAAAGAAAGACUCCAACACAAGCCCUCUACCGAGAAUCAGCAACCGAAAGCGCGAUCGUAGCUUCAUCUCGCCUGAUGUAGCAAUGCAUCUUGAGGCUCAAAGCCCCUCAACCGCCGCCUAUAGCGAACCACACUCAAUAAAGCGUCAAGCCAGUCCGUUCGAGCGUGGAGGAUGGAUCCCUCGAUCCUUACUCGGCGAUAGCGAAGACUUACAGGAGUGCGGUUCAAAUCUGUCCGAUGUGCUCAUAGCGAAUUACGCAUUCUACGUAUAUGAUGAUUCGGUACAAGAUCACGGGACAUUCAACAUUGGCCAGUGGCGAAACCAUCAGAGAUGCUUGUCACCUGCAUAUUCUGAUGUGUCCUCAAACGCCAGUACUGUAGUGCUUCCGUUGCCCGGCGAACAUAAUCUGUCUUGCUAG